AUGACGAGCAAAUCUGAUAUUCAAGUUUCCUCCUUGGCCGCCGGCUUCUCGAUAGGCUUUGGUAUAUUGACAGUUUGGGAGGCCAUAAAACAAACGCGUCGAAAUCGAAAUCCCCUCCGCAGCACAUAUAUUUACAUGCUUUGGGGAGAGAUCGUAGCAAAUUUAGCUAUUCUUAUUGUUGGUUACCUUUGGAUCGAUGGACAUUUCGGAGACAGCCCGACUAUACCACUUCUAUUUUUUAUAUUGUUGUUCUGGGUGUUCGAAAUCCAGUUACUGAUGCAAAUCAUCAUAAAUCGAAUUGCGGUUAUUGCAGAGCGUCAAGACACUAUAUGGAAGCUCAAAUACGGGACUGCCGUCGUUAUCACAGCAAUCAACAUCGCAGUUUUCUGCAUUUUUAUUCCAGCUCACCUGGUCCCUCCCGUAAGCCAGUUAUACGUUGAUAUUAACAAGUACUGGGAUAGAAUUUCCAAGUGUCUUAUCCUUCUUGUUGACGCUGCCCUCAAUUAUUAUUUCUCACGAUCAGUUAAAAAGCGGCUUGUUGAGCAGCAUGGGUUAGUCAAGUACGCUCCUCUGGCUAAAUUUAACGAUAAGCUUAUGGUUAUCUCAAUUCUUAUGGAUGUCAUGCUCAUUUGUUUAAUGUCCCACCCGAACCCAAUCGUCUUCGUUCAAUUCCACCCCGUCGCGUAUAUGGUGAAACUCAACAUCGAAAUGUCUAUGGCUACCUUAAUUACUAAACUCGCUCGAGAGGCCGGACUAGGAGACGAGGAGACAAAUGAUCACGACGUCUCUCUUUCAUACGCAAAGAAUCGAAGCCAAGUUGGACGAUCCGGCAUCCACCAUAGUCAUAAUGAUGCCGUGCUGAUGAACACAUAUCACACAACAACCGUAGAAGGCCGAGGAUCAGAAGAGGACUUCGAAGGUAUGAAGGAUAUAAACGGAAUCCACAGAAGAGUCGAUGUUCGGAUAGAGAGCACAUCGAACUCAGAUACUGCGUCCAACCACGACAGAGUUGAGGAUGAGAUGUCAUUAACCAAUCAUCCCGGACACCCGAGAGGUACCUAA